UCCAUCGCCUCCGUCUCCAUCGCAACAACCCAUUUACAGGCGGAGAGAGAGAUUCAGGAACAAGACAAUAUCUACAUCUCUCUCUCUCUUUUUGUCCAAGUCCCCAUUAUCAGCUUUUUGGCCCCGAGUCUUUUGUGGUUUUAUCUGUUUGGGCUUUUGGUUUCUGGGGCGGAGCGUUUUGGAGGGGAAAAGGGGAAAAGAGAAGAGAUGGUGUUCUGGGUUUUUGGAUAUGGGUCACUGGUGUGGAACCCGGGUUUUGAAUUUGAUGAGAAGGUGAUUGGGUUUGUCAAGGAUUACAGGCGGGUGUUUGAUCUUGCCUGCAUUGAUCACAGAGGCACUCCAGACCACCCUGCAAGAACCUGCACUUUGGAACAGGAGGAAGGAGCCGUCUGCUGGGGAGCUGCCUAUUGUGUGCGUGGAGGGCCGGAGAAAGAAAAAGCAGCAAUGGCGUAUCUGGAACGAAGAGAGUGCGAGUAUGACCAAAAAACUUUGGUGGACUUCUUCAAAGAAGGUGAACCUGAGCAGCCCUUGUUAACUGGGGUGAUAGUGUUCACGUCCACUCCCGACAGGAUAUCAAAUAAGUACUACUUGGGACCUGCUCCCUUGGAGGACAUGGCUAGGCAAAUCGCAAUGGCCUUUGGGCCUUGUGGGAACAACAGGGACUACCUCUUCUUGUUGGAGAAAGCCAUGUUUGAUAUUGGUCAUGAAGACGACUAUGUAAUCGAGCUGGCAAAUGAAGUGAGGAAGGUUCUUGGAGUCGUUGGCGGUGUGCGAAAGGAGAAGAAGUUGUCUGCCCCAUCCGAUGUUCCUCUGAAGUCGUUCUUGUCACCCAAGUUAAUGCCAUUGCCUGAAGCAAUUGCUAUGGAUUCUUGAGAGCUGCUAACUGAAGAAACAAUUGAAAGAUGAAGCUGGUUUUCUGACAGAGUUGCUUGCUGAUUUAGGACGUUUCUUGUUUCUUCUUUUUCCUUACAUUUAGUUGAUAACAGUUCACAGUUCUAAUGGAUGAUGCUGGUUUAGGAUAGGGAAUAAAGAAGAGGGUAGUUGUGAACAGGCUAACUGACUGAUGCUGCGUAUCUGAUCCUUGUUUGUUCGUUGAUUUCAUAUUAUCCUUUUACCGUUUGAGACUGAAAUUCUUUCUACCUUUUUCCCA